AUGAAGAUUAAAAAAGGAUCUCUUAAAAUUGCAGCUUUCUUAGAUCCAACAUCUUAUCAAUAUUUAACUGAUGAAAAUAUUGGUGAAGCUGAAAGAACACUUUUAUCAAAAUUUGAUGUUACCCAACCAUUUGAUCGAUUACAAAUUGAUACUUCAGUAACAACGACGAUGCCAAUGUCAACAUCAACACCAUUAGGACACCAACGUACUCAAAAUAGUACAACACCUCACGAAAAAUUAACUUUGGAUGAAUUUUUUCGCAUGUGCGAAAGGCCUUCAGCAUCCAACGUAACAACAAAUUCCAUCAGAAAGCAGUUAUCAUUUAAAGAAGAGCUGUGUCACUAUAUGUCUACAGCCGGUUCAAGUUCUAAAUUCAGUGAAUACUGGUGUCAGUACGAAAUGCUUCUUCCUCAACUGUCACAGUUUGUUAAGAAAUACAAUUGUAUACUUGCAACAAGUGUUUCCAGUGAGUCGGCAUUUUGCAUCGCAGGAUACUUGCAACGCAAAGCUCGAUCAUCACUUUCAUCAACAGCGUUGAGAUAUUCAAUGGUUUUACGUAAAUAA